UCCGGGCAUUGGAGGCCUGUCUCCAUCAAGAAGUGUUUGGGCGUGAUAGUCGCCCAUUUAAGACGCUGAAAGAGCGUUAUUGAGCGCCGGGGGAACGUAUUGUACCCCCGCAUUUUGUUUUUGACAGAUUUUUCUAGUAGACUGCAAAACUGUUAUUAGUCUGUUUACGAUACAAUUGGAUUUUUUUACUUGUUUAAGAGUGUUCAACAUGGAGUUAUGAAAAUGGUUGCCCAAGGUCGUUCAGCAUUCGUUAUCUCUGCUAAGCAGAAGAGAACGGGAGGUUCUACUUCUCAUUUGUCUACUGCUGUUGAUGUACGAAGAAGGGAUAGUAAAUAUGGACAAAAAAUCAUCUCGUCAGCCGUCUGUUCCGCCGAAAAACGGUGCAACGUCCGACAGUAAGAAAAAUGAUAAUAACAGUCCUAAUAGGUUUUCUAAAUAUGGGAAGAAAAGAGAGUCAGGAGGGGGUCGAGGAAGUACACCGGACCAUGCUCGUCGCCCAACUCCUCAAAAAUCCAGAUCUACCGGGGACAAGCGACCACGAUCUAGAGGAAAUUACAAUGACCGUCAAAGAGAAGAGGUAGCAGAACCUGUGGACUCAGAGUAUGAGUCCCUCGUGUUCUCUGGUGGCUCCAAGAAAGCCAGUUUGAAUCACCUGUUCAACUUUACGUUUGCGGGUCGAGAAAAUCACUUCGGAAGUUCCGGUACUUAUAGAGGAGUGAGAAGACCACGAACGGGAGGAAGAGUUUACAAUAAAGAAAGAUUUCUUCAGGCAAACUGUCAGUUUGUUGUUGGAGACAGUGGUGACUACACAGCUCACUCCAUCGAUGCAGACACUCUUGUUGACUGGGAUCUGGUGGAGCAAGUGAGAACACUGAGCCAGGAGCCACCAUCCUGUCCAAUCUGUUUACAGGAACCUCAGGCUGGUAAGAUAACCCGCUGUGGCCACGUCUACUGCUGGGCUUGUAUCCUACACUACUUGGAUCUCGGGGAGAAAAAAUGGAGAAAGUGUCCCAUUUGCUACGAGUAUGUUCUCAAGAAAGAUUUAAAGAGUGUACAGAUCCGGGUUGUCCAUGCUUAUAAACCAGGGGAGACAAUCACUUUGAGCCUGAUGAAGAGAGAGCGUGGUAGCACCUACUCUGUUCCCCAGUCUCAAUGGGAGAAUCGAGAGGGGAAGCCACACAGAAUUACAGAUACUGUGAACACAGAGCAUGUCAAGCUGCUGGUGGCAUCCCCCAGUCAAAUUCAGGAAACUAUUAUUGAACCAGAGAAGGCAGCACUGAACAAGCAUAUGCUGAAUGCUGAGAGUUCAGAAGUGUGCUUCAUUGAGUCAGCACUGGUCCACCUGAAGGAGAGGGAGGAAAGCCUGCGCAUCAGUACGGCACACAAGAAGCACCGUAGAGCAAGACAUGCCCAUAAAGCUGAAGUUGACAAAGUGAAAUCUCCAAAGUCUGUGCUGGCAAACAGUGAUAAUUCACCAAUCAAACAUUAUGCAUCUGCCUUUUCUGAUAAAGAAGAUUCAGAUGAGGAUAGCAAAAAUCUGACUGCUGAAUCUGCAGAAGCAUCUGGAGAUGCGAGUCUUCCAAAGUCCCCAAUCCCUGAUUCCGUAAUCCACCCUGAAUCCCCCACCUUGUCCCUCUCGGAAGCCACUACACACUCCGACAUGGACACUAGUCUGUCUGAGUUGGACACCACUGCUGAUGGAGCCCGGGGGCGGUCAUCCUUGUCUGAAAGCUCUGUUGGAUCACCUGAGGAUCUUAGCCUCCCUGAGAUCCAGGAACAACAGGAGGUUGCUAUGCCUGUGGAGGAGGCGGCGGAACACCUGGAACUACCCACGGAGAGUGAACAUGGGAACAGUAGCCAAAGAGGCAACCAGACAAAAAGUGCAUUCUUCUACUAUCAAGCGAGUGACGGCCAGCACAUCUACCUGCAUGCCUUGAAUGCUCGGUGUCUAGUGAAGGAAUAUGGCAAGCUUGAGGACUGCCCUGACACCAUCACUGCUAACAUCGUUGACACAGAGAUCAUCUUUAUGACUGAGGAACUGCGGAAGCGACUCCGGUAUCUGAACCACCUGCCACUGACAUGUGAAUUCCAGGUGGCAGAGCUUGCACUAAAACCACCCCUACUGUCGAAAGACACACUGCGGCACUUUGCUGGUGACAUUGAGAAGCGUAGACGUAUGCGUCAAAAAAAGAUGCGUGAUGACAAGAGGAGGUCAAGGAAAAUUGAGAUGGAAGAGAAUGAAAAGAUGGGAAAAUUUCCUGGCAUGAGGCUAUCAUUAAGCAGCAUUGCCCAGUUUCCAGCUGCAGGCGACGAACAUGUCCAUAUGUCUGUGUCACCUGAAAUCAGGUCUGAGUCACCCUCAGUCUCCAGCCUUGCCAGCUCACCACCUGUAUCACCAUCAGGUUUAAAUGCGAGUGCAGCAGAGUUUGUGCCGGGAGCAAGUCCAAGUAUUGAAGACGUCAGUGACGGCGAGCAGACAUCCAUGUCAUUUGCUCAGAUGUUGAAGGCUGGUAAAGCUAAGGCCAAGACGGUGUGGCCACGCCCUGUGGAAUCACAACCACUAGCACAGACAGUGCCAGUAGUCCCCCGAUCUGCUGACACAGAUGACAGUGAUAACGAAGACCGAGUCCCUGUACCCAUGUACCAGGACUCCUUCUCAUGUGCCAUACAAGCUGCUCUGGACACUAUAGACAAGCCUAAAGAAGCUCGUCCUGGGAAUGCAGGAAGGAAGAAACAGAAGAAGCCCAAGUUUACAAAGCUGUUCACCACGUCCAUGACAAGGGGGAAAUAGUCCCCAGUAGUUAUCUGCUCCUGUCCACCCACAGUGUAACCUUACCUUGUAGCGCCUACCAGCCCUUUCUGUGAUCAUUCUGUGGUGCAAUCUAAAUAACUUCUCAUAUAUAAACGCCUCUCUGGCUAACCAGGGAUUUUUGAAAAUGAAAUAAUCUUCAAUAAAUGAAUUGAAUUAAAAUUAUGACUGAUUUAUUUGUAUAGUUAUCAUUUUUCAGUUUGAAUUCCACAAUAUGGAUGUAAAUGAAUGGGAUAAUGGUUAAAAUGGAAAUCAUUUCAUUCCGAGUCUAUUCAGUGCAGCAAUAGUUAGUGUAUUUAAUAUAUCUAGAACAUGUUAAGCCUAUUGCAGUCUAAUGUUUCACGCUGAUACAUGUUUAAUUGGUGAUAUGAAUUGAGAUGGACUUUGUGUCAGUACAUAAGCUUGUUGGAAUGCAGAUGGAUUUGAAAGUGUUUAUUUUGUUUUCUUAAAAGUGUAUGUCAAAGAGGCAAAAGGGAAAAUUGCUUCAGUUUUCAAUGAUUUACUCACUAUAUUUGUAAAUUUGAGUUGUAAAUUAAGUCAAGAUGACAUUUUGUAUGAACCUUAUAUUUAUUUAGUUUUUAUAUGUGAUGGCUGACUUAUUUACUGUAUUAUGAUCCGUUACACUGUAGAAAUCAAAACUGGAUUCCAAAAUAUGAUCUAAAAAUCUUGGCAAAUGUUUGAUAGACACUUACUUUGUUUACAUUCUUUUGUUUAUGGGAAGAGCUGUUAUAUGCAUGUAUUAAGACCUGAAUAUGGAUAUGUCAUGCUCUUUACAUUCUAAACAGUAGUAUAAGAUAGUCACUAACGAAUGCUAUUUUGAUCUGGCAUUGCAGUUCGAAGUUAUAAAAAGGAUAUAAAGAGAAUCAAAGAAUCUGAUAAUAAGUACACAAAAGGUGAAAGACAGUGUUAAUGUUUGUUUAUUUUGACAUUUUGAUAAGGUUUAGCUGUACAAACGGUUAUGGAAAUUGCCCUGUGCACUUUUUGAGCAAGUUAUAUAAAGCAUGAUAGUUGUAUGGAUCACUUGACAUCAGACCUAAAGCUUUAAGUAGUUGUGGUCUCAAAAUACCAAUAAAAUCCUUGAAACCAAA